GAGUUGUUGAUCGCCGCGGGGAGGAGCCGCUCGGGUAGCCUCAUAAAAACCUCCCCGAACCGCAGAAACCAAAACAGUCCGGACAGGCAGACGUUUACAGACGGGACGGCGGAAGAGCUUCCUGAAAACAGCGAGUCCCAUCACUGUCACGACGGAGCGGACGCUGUUGUUGACGUUGUUGUCGGUUAAAGAAGAAGAAGAAAGGCGGAGGGGAGGGUCGCUGCAGCUGGAUCCAAGUCUCUGCGACGCAUCUGCGCAGCACGAACAGACCUAAACAGAGAGACUGAGGAACCGUUCGCCUUUAUCCCCCCCGAAAAAAAAAAUGCCGUUUUCAGCUCACGGCAUCCUUUGUGCGCUCGCGCUGCUGCUUCUGUGGCGCGCGGAGGAGCUCGCGGAGGCGUGCAGCUGCGCUCCGGUGCAUCCGCAACAGGCGUUCUGCAACGCGGACGUAGUGAUUCGUGCAAAGGUGGUGGGAGAGACAGAAGUGGAUUCUGGGAAUGAUAUCUAUGGGAAUCCCAUCAAGAGGAUCCAAUAUGACGUCAAACAAAUCAAGAUGUUCAAGGGUCCAAACCAGGACAUCGAGGCAGUUUUCACUGCUCCGGUGUCGGCCGUCUGUGGCGUGACCCUGGAUGCCACUGGCAAGAAAGAGUACCUGAUUUCAGGCAAGGCCGAGGCGGGCGGGCGCAUGCACGUGACCCUGUGUGAUUACAUCAUGCUCUGGGACUCGCUGAGCGCCACCCAGAAGAAGAGCCUCAGCCAGCGCUACCARAUGGGCUGUGACUGCAAGAUCGUGCGCUGCCCCUCUCUGCCCUGUGAGAUCUCGGCUCCGGAGGAGUGUCUGUGGACGGACCUGAUGAUCGAGAAGCAGGUGCACGGACGCCAGGCCAACCACUACGCCUGCGUCAAGCGGGCGGACGGCUCCUGCUCCUGGUACCGCGGCGUCGCACCGCCCAAGAAAGAGUUCCUGGACGCCGAGGAUCCCUAAAACCGCACGGCCGACCGCGCGCGGCCUGACGCCGAUAAAUCCAAACACGGCAAUUAAAAUUUGAAAACAAAUAAUGUAAAGCUAUUGAGACAAAAAAAAAAAAAAGAUCUGCUGGUCUGGAAACAACUUUCAGGCCACUUUUCACCUCAAAGUUUAAGAUAAAAAAGGUUGCUCUCUGAUGCAGCGUUAAAUAUUAUCAUGAGACAUAGACUGGUCGAGUGAUGAUGUAACUUCCUCCUGAGGCUGGCGUUAGGAGGCUCAAAAUUCUUGCUGAGACGAAGCACUUCCCACCCCACAAAGCUCUAGUUCAAAUCUGCGCCCCUGCUUCUACUUUUAUUACCUCAUUUUUUUUGUCCUUUUUUUUUCCAAAGACAGAUAUUCUCCAUGUUGCCUUUUCUUAUAAUCACACUAGAUGAUGCUUUUUAUUUUUCAUUUUCUUCCCCGUAACUGGUGACGUCUGAUGCCCACAACAUGCAUUCUUUAAAAAGAACAUGAUUCAUCUUGCACCGGCGAUGAGACUCGCUGAUAGAAAUGCACCCACCUCAUUUUCCUCCCAAAGUACAAGUACUCGCGUUUAAUUGGCUGCAGAUACCAGGUGCCGAUACAACAAAUGCCAUUAAACUGCUUACAAUUAGACGCCAUUCCUGCCCAAAAGUAUUGCUAGAAGAUUUGAAGAAAAACCAAAACAGUGAGGCAAAGCGCAGACUUCCUGUCACUCGUCACGAGUGGAAAGAGAGCCACUGGGAUUAGCUUAGCAUUAGCUUAGCACCAUUCUCAGAUUGUUUGCAGCUGCAACAAAUUAAAGUUCCUGUGACAUGCAUAUCCUUUAAAUAACAAAAGUCAAAGAAAACAUCUUUAUAUUUAAGAAACUUGGCA